AUGCUCAAUGUUAUGAAUAUUCAUGAAAAUCUGAUCGAAGUAUUAUUGGAGCAGCAGGCAUAUGCCGAUGCGCAGGCUGUUUUAGCACGAUAUGACGAUAUCAGCCUGCCAAAAUCAGCCACAAUAUGUUUCACAUCGGCUUUACUGAAAGUAAGGACUGUCGCUGACAAGUUUACGCCAGAUUUUGUGAUGCGGCGUGGAUUGAGUGCUGCCGAGGUGAACGCCGUUGAUGCAAUCCAUCGAGCAGUGGAAUUUAACCCACAUGUUCCAAAGUAUCUGCUUGAACUCAAACCACUUAUCUUGCCACCAGAGCAUUUGCUAAAACGCGGCGAUUCGGAGGCAAUCGCAUAUGCUUUUUGGCAUCUGCAACACUGGAAACGAAUCGAUGGGGCUCUCUCGUUGCUUCAGUGCACAUGGGAAGGAACAUUCCGCCUGAUUCCAAAUCCACUUGAAAAAGGGCAUCUUUUUUAUCCGUACCCAUCGUGCACCGAAUCAGCUGAUAGAGAGCUUCUACCAUCAUGGCACGAAGUAUCUGUGUAUCCGAAACGAGACCUUCCGUUUUUUACCGUUAUCACGGCGCUGAUCUUCUUCGUCACUGCUGUCUUGGCUGUUAUCACUCAUCAAUAUCCAAGGGUAUUACACUUUUUUAUGCGUUUUGAGCUGUGUAACAGCGUUACAAAACGCAUAUUGUCACGGGUUUGUCUGUGUGUGUGUUUGUGUGUGUAUGUGUGUGUGUGUGUGUAUGUUUGUGUGUGUGUCCCACAUUUUGUCCCGCACUUUCAACCCGGGGACCACAAAAGCUAGGC